AUGAGGAACAGGGCUACUACGCCAUUGAGCAAGGCGAAAAUCCGACAAUCAUGGAGCAAAUAUAAUUUGUUCAACCUGAGUCGAUUUCGCGCCCCUCCGACCGCAAACCGCACCUUCUUCCAACAGAAAUGGACUGCCAAGUCCGUUGCCCGAGCAUACCAUGGCGAACAGGUCCGUGAAAGCCAAUGGUCUCGGAUGUUCACCCGCCGCAUCCGCAGCGUCGUACCCAUGAGCCCAGAGAAAUUGGCUAGUGAUGAUGGUUCUGCAAUGUCCGCCGGUCGAGGAGCGGGCCUGGAAUCCGAAGCGAGCGGCGAUGGCACAGCUGGGGCCCAGGACCAGACCUCCUUGACACCCUAUACACAGAUGACUUUUGCUCCUCUCGAGCGUCGGCUGGAUGUUGCCAUCUUCCGGGCGAUGUUCGCCAGCAGUACUCGGCAGGCCCGGCAGUUUGUUGUACAUGGUGCGGUGACGGUUAAUGGCAAGAAGAUGAGAUACCCUGGUUACCUCCUGAAUCCUGGCGAUCUUUUCCAGGUUGAACCGGAGCGCGUCAUGUAUGCGACCGGUGCCCCCAAGGACAAGUUUGAACGUCGAGAAUCCCGCGUUGCUAGGAGAAAGGCGGCAGAGUCGAACGAGGGCCAAACAGAGGAGGGUAUGGCUGCGGAGACGGAGAACAAGAAGGAUGAAUCGGAGACAACAGAAGCACAGGAUCAACAAAAGGAUGACCCGAAGGAAACAUUGAAGAAAUUGCUCACUCAGGCCAAGACGAUCAUGUCCGACAGCAAGGACGUUCUCCCCGCCAAGCGCAAGCAGGAACUGCGCGGUUUUCAGAAGGCCGUCCGUAGAGUGUUGUCUCGUUCCGAAUCGAGCACCGUCUUGACCGAUAACCUCGAGUCUCAGUUCUCCGAGCUCAUCACCUUGCUGAAGGCCAAGAAAGCCGAGAAGAAGGAAGACAAUGAGUCAAAGAAGACAGCUUCUACGCCCGCAGAGGAGACCUCGACCACCACCUCCGAAUCAACAGACGCUACCACCACGACUACCGCGACAUCUGUUGCGGAGAACAAACCUAGCGACAAGCUUUCGGAAGCAUUCCAGAAGGCGGCUCAGAACCCCGAGGAAGAGGUGGACACGUCGGAGCUCACGGAGGAGGAAUUCGAAGUGCUUCGACGGGCGCUGAUUCAGAUGCGUGAUAACCCGAUCGACCACAGCAAGCCUUACGCUACCCCUUGGCGGCCACGCGACUACAUGAGCGCUUUCGCCUUUAUCCCCCGAUACCUCGAGGUCAACCACAACAUCUGCGCGGCCGUAUACCUGCGGCACCCCGUGGCGCGGCCAGGCCGCACAGAGGUGCCAACACCCUUCAACGAGAAUAUCAGCACAGCUGCGUUCGCCUGGUAUCUCCGGAGACGUUAG